AUGAGACUGCCGUUGAUUGCUGCACAAUGCGACAGCAACAGCGGCCCACCCGGAAGAGGGCGAAACAAGAUACCUCCCAUGGCGACGUUGCUUUGGCAUUUGUCUCGUACGUUGUCGACUGUGGCUUACUUGUUUUUUGCGAUGUUUAGCGAUGCCGAGGCGUUGUCAGAGGCAUUCAGCGAAUGCGCUACUUGCUCUGUGCCUCCUUGUUAUUUGCGUGAGAGUGCGGCUUGA